GUCUUGUCCUGAGAAAACCGAGCGCAUCAACUUCUCUGUCUGCAGAACACUUUUGUCACAAUCUUUUCAUAAUGGCCGGCAUCGAGGAGAAGGGUGCAUACGAGACCACCAUGGGUAUGCCUGACGUGCAUCCUGUCAGUACCGCCAACCCGGUCGGUUAUGUGGGAGAUCUGCACGAAGCAGGUACCAAGCGUACCCUGAAGAGCCGCCAUGCACAAAUGAUCGCCAUUGGAGGUACCAUUGGUACUGGCCUCUUCGUUGGGUCUGGUCAGGCUUUGAGGAUGGGCAAUCCAUUCUUUCUCGUCCUGUCUUAUGUGAUCAUCUCCACCAUGAUAUAUGGAGUGGUUACAGCGACCACUGAGAUGAGCUCGUACUUGCGGCAUCAGCUACUACGGCAUGGCCCGCUACUGGGCAGCGAUACAGCAACCUCCCCAUCUCAGCGCGAUUGUUCCAUACAAAGCCCUUAGCGACAAGUAUGGCGACGUGGUUUGACAAGGCGGACUAUGGCACUCUGGCU